UAAUUUUAUUUCGUUUGUGAAUUUGCUAGUUUGACAUUAACUUUUUUGUUGUUGUUAGUUAUUUUUUAUCAUUUAUUUUAUUUUCUAUUUGGAGAAUUGUUAAUUUUUUAUUAUCUUGUUUGCUUUAAAGUUAAUAAUUUGUCCGGUUUUCUAGUUUUUCUUUCAGAGAUGAUAAAAAUAGAAAAAAUUAAAAAAAAAGGUCUAACAAAAUAUUUUUCUUUCUAAAUCAAAUUUGAUUGUUGAAUGUAUUUAGUGAAAAUAAGCAAAACAACAAGAAAACAACAUGCACCUCCGCAUAAAUGUAUUUAUCAUUUUCGAUAAAUGCACUAUUAAUUUUGAUAUACAUACAUAUAUAUAUAUAUAAAAAUCGCGCAAUUUUUUAACUAUGUUUACGGAACAUAUGUAUAAAAAUUCUCGAAAGAAAGCAUUAUUUAGCUAUGUAUCUAAAAAAAGACAACUUUGAAGACAAUUAGAAAACCAUGUUUAAUAUUAACUUGACAUUUGAAAACUUAACUUUGUAAAAGUUAAUUUUGCAGAUACUCGAUUUUUCUUUUAAACUAACGCAAAGCUAUUAAUAUUCACUAUUUGGGGCUAUAAAAUAAAAAAGAAAUAAUUUGAAUUAUAUUUUAUUUAUAAAUACACUUGUAUAUACAAUAGUUAAAUAAGAGUACUAAAUCCAGUAAUUUAAAAAUAAAUAAUAGAUGAAAGUGCUUAUUUAUAAUAACAAACUUAAGAAAUUAGUGCAACAGAAAAUAUUAAUGAUUAUUUAAUAUUCGUAUUAUUUAUAUAAAAUAUACUGAUAAAUAAAUGGAUUUACCAAAGGAUUUUCAUUACAUGCUUUAUAGAGCGCCAAGUAUACGAUACCAUGAUACAUCAUUUAUUAUCAAUAAAAAAUGGCAACGUGCUGGGGAAGAAUUAACAUUUCCAACUGUUCAUAGUUUUGUGAAUUCUGACGCUAAAUUUCGUGAUUAUAUGCCGGAUACUCCUAACACUAAAAGCAAGAAUGUUGAACAUUAUAUGACUGAUAGUGAAACUGAUAAAGUUAAUCGAAAUCGACAUCAAAGAAAUCGACCACGUCGAAGAACACGAUCAUUAGAAAAGCAUAGUAAAAGACCGCUAUCUGCAGCCUUGGAAAUUCGUACAAGUGAAGACGAACGCGAAGGUGAUGAUGGAGACACUUUUAAUUUAGAUGUACAAUCUGUAAAGUCAGUAAUUGAGAAAAAAUUGGAUGGGAAAGAAUGUCAAACUAAUGUGCCAAAUAUAGCUGUUAAUGUUGAUGGUGCUAAUAAAACAGAAAAUUUAUAUUGCGCGAAUGGUGCUAUUAAAAUAGAUAAAAGUAAAUCACGUGCUACUAGUAAUAAUACUUCUAAUGACAAAAAUAACAAUAACAAAACCACAAUUAUAGUAAGCUACCAGACAAUAACUUCGACAGAAGAUUUAAAUUUAAUUGAUAAUAACAAAUCGAAUGAAAUAAGUAAAAUAAAAUUCGAAUCUGAAAAAAAUUCACAUUCUUUUCAACCGGUUAACACUUAUAAUAAAAAAACAUUUUCUGAUUUGGAAAAUAGACGAAGCAAAAGUCCAUCAAUAGCUUCAACAGUUCUUGCUACAAUGGACGAAUCCCAACAAAAAAGUAGCCAAAAUAUCGUUAUUGCGGAUGUUCACCCAAGACCAAUUUCCACAGCUUCUUCAACUGUGUCAGGGGAUCCUUUAGUAAUUAAAGAAAAUAGUAGUGAAGAUGGAGAUAAUGAAGGAUACAAUUUAACCAAAGAAAUUCAACAGGUACCUGAGUUCUUCAAACAUCGAGGCAGUAAAUCAUUAAUUACGAUUCAAGAAAGUGAAAUAGUAAACCCAUUAGAUGGUUCAGUUUCUGAUCAAGAAGACAUUAAUAAACAAAGAACACGUGUUUCAUCUAACGCAAGCGAUUAUGAUAGUGAUAGAACUUUAAUAUCUGAAAAUUCAAGUAAAAAUAUUAAAACAAUGCCUUUUGACGAUAGAAGAUACUUUUAUGCUCCAAGUUGUACUUCGCCGUCGUGGCUAAGUAUUUCUACAAGCACAAUCAACGAUGCGGAUGUGGAUUAUCCAAUGAGCGACUAUGAAAUUGUAGAUUUAAGACGAAGAAAUUCUUCGACCAUUUUAAAAAGCCUCAAAGGUUCCAGAUAA